GAUGUUAAACACCGCUUUAAGCUCGUUUGGUGCUCAGGUUGUGUUAGUGACGUCCAGCGAUGAGAAUCAUCCACCGGAAAGCAUGAUUGAUGGAAACACGGAGACGUUCUGGCUGUCGACGGGAAUGUUUCCUCAAGAGUUCAUCAUCCGAUUCCCAGAUAACAUGAAAAUAUCGGUGAUCUCCAUCGACAGUUCUAACAUAAAACAGUUAAGAAUAGAGAAAAGCACACAAGAGGAUGAGAAAUUUGACCUCAUGGCAGAGAAAGAGUUUGAACACAUAGAGGGAGGUCUACAAACAAAUGAGAUACCAGUUGACGGCUCAAACGCGACACAGCUACGGUUUCUCAUCCUCUCUGGAUAUGAUCAUUUUGUCUCAGUGCACAGAGUGGGCAUACAGGCAUGAGAAUGACUUUAAUGGGUCACCAGGACUUGUGAAGUAGCCUUAUUAUAUUUUACAUCAUGUACAGUACAUCAGGAAAGUAUUCACAGCAAUUCACAGUGCUCCACUGAUGAUCUCAAGGAUGAUCAGUGGAAACAGGAUGCACCUGAGCUCAAUUUUGAGUGUCAUUGCAAAGGCUGUGAAUACUUAUGUACAUGUGCUUUUUUUUGUUUUUUAUUUUUAAUAAAUUUGUAUAGAUUUCAAACAAA